AUGACGUCGAUUGCCGGAGUGGCCGUCCGUAUGACGGGCACAUUGCUGCUUCUUGUUAUCUCGAUUUCUUGCCCCCGUGUUUUGUGUGAGGUGCUGCAGCACACUAAGAUCGCGCUUCCUGGAGCUGCGCUAGCAACGAGGGAAGAGGCGCUCAAACUCAAAGGGCCGCACCGUCCACCCGAGCUAUUGGUUCUCGCGCCGGAUGACGACAUGUUUCCGUACUCGUUGCACAAGGUCGUUCCCGCUGUGAUGGUGGCCGUCGAGCACCUACAGCACAGCAGGAACCUGACACUCGUCGUCAAUUACAACAACACCAACUGUUCGUCGUCGCACGGUCCACUACUGGCGUUCGACCACUACAUCGCUGGAAAGGUGGACGUGUUCCUCGGGCCCACCUGCUCCUACGUGCUGGCGCCGGUGGCCCGCUACAGCGCCGAGUGGGACUUGCCCGUGCUCACGUCUUCCGGCCAGAACGACAACUUCGACAUGAAACACCCAAACUACCGGCUGCUGACGCGCAUGAACGGCUCUUUCACUCAGGUGGGGCAGCUUUUCAUCGAGACGCUGCGUCGCUUCGGUUGGCAGGUGGUCGCCUUCCUGUUCCACGAGUUCCGCGAACGCACCAAGGGCCACUCGGAUUGCUUCUUUAACCUGGCCGCCGUUUUCAACGCUCUCGGAGGUGGGCACAUGUUUCACCAAAAGUUUGACGAAGAAGAUCCCGGCCUGGAGCUCGAAACACUGAUGCAACAAGUGGCACGUAACGCUAGAAGUGAGUACAGUUUCUUCAUUCCUCGGAGGCAGACUUGCUCUGUGGUUAUUACAAAGCUGUAG